CGUACACGGGAGCAUAGAUGGCGCGUCGAGCGGCCAGAGUUUAUUAUAUAUCUAGGGAGCGCAGCCUGAAAACAAGUUCUAUGGGAAAAUUGCUUUAUUAUUUAAUACUUAUCGAAUAUUUAGCCAGUCUUGUACACUGCCCUACCACCACGAAAUCAAUAUUAACUAAUUAUUAUGCGCUUUGUUAUUUCGCGGAACGGCAACGCCGCAACAGCCUGUUGUUUGAACAUCCGCCCGACAACGGCACGCCAGAGCAAUUUUCUCAAAUAACGAGUCUAAUAGGGAUUUUACGCCCAAGCUGUGAGUCAGGAAGGAACUAGUGAUAGUGACGACCUUACACAUCACUUCUGAAGAUGCCCAGGCGACGAACGAGACAAGGUCCAGCGGCUCUCGUUCCGACGCUCGCGCCGGACACACCGCACAUGGAGGACGACCAAGCCGGCACUGCUGCGGCUGACGAGGCGGGGCACCUUGUACCGCUGAGGAGCCAUAGCUCCCCACCUGGAGGCGGCGAGGGACGCGUGACCUCCGGCCGGCGCAGCACAGCGCGACCCACGGGUACCGCCCGCCGCGCCCGGCAGGGAGACAGCCGGUCAGCCCAGCCCGGCACCUCUCGAGGGCGCUCCGCUCGCCGACAUCCGGUCGGAAACAGCGAAGGUUCAAACGCGGACAGCCAUUCCUCCGAGGACGACCGGUCACUCACCAGUGCUUACACUAGCUCAACCACGGAGGACAGCGAGAUCGACCGGCCGCCUAGGAGGAAACGAGCACACGCCCGUUCAUCGAGCCGCCGCCACCGCCGCCGGGCUCGCAGCACGGACAGUCACCGGCGGCGCACUCACACGCCGACACCAGCCAUAGACAUGCUGGACAUGAGCCGAGUCCCGGUCAAGUCCAAGCAGCCGCCGCCACCGCGCGCGCUGAAGCUGCCGACCAUCAGCGCUGCCGCCAUGCAGGCACUCGCCAACCGUGCCACGAUGGUGUCUGUAGACGAGGUAGUGUUCCCGCACGCGCCACCCGUGGACGGUGCGCGGGGACAGCCGCGGUACCCACCACUGAGUCCAGCAGCAUACCUCCGCGGCGUCACCGCCAUCGCCACGUACCGAGCCUACUUUUUCCCAGGUGCUGCCAUCCAAUGGCUCAGCUACGUACUGUGGCUGCAAGGUCAGGCCGGUGACCUCCCUACUAGCGCCCUACGCGACAUAGAUGUCAAGGCGAGGACGCACAUCGCCCGGUACCAUAUGGAGUACCAGGACCCAGCCUCGCUGACGGAAGCCAUCGGACAAGCGCUCGCGGCACCAGCAGUGUACGCCCCCGCGCCAGCCCCGGUACAGGCACAGCCGUAUGCCACCCAGCAGCAGCGGCAGGGAAACGAAAUAUGCCUCCGGUUCAACUACCACGCACGAUCAUGCCCACCCGGAGGCGCAUGCGGGCGCCGACACGUCUGCCACCGCUGCCAAGGGCCGCACACCGCCAGAAGCUGCCCGACGCAAAGCGCGCGCCCCCUGGCGCCGGCACGCCCUCCGCAGCCGACCGGAGCACGGCCCCCCCGCCCACUGUGGCGGUAGAUCCCACGGUAAGCCAGUCGCACGCCCUCAUCCGGUCAUCCCUGCCCCCUCCUACCACACCUAUCGACAUACCUUCCCUACAUGGCGUAGCCGCCGCAGCAGUCGAUCCCGGCCUUCUCCGUACCGUCCUCGACCGUCUCCAGCGCGGAGCCGACAUAGGAUACACGGGCCCACAGAUAUCCACCUGGCGACCCAACAACCUCUCGGCUCGGUCGCGACCGGCAGCAGUCUCCCGGGCGGUGCAACAAGAGGUGGCACGGGGACACACGGCUGGCCCAUUCCCAUCACCACCGUACUCCCCGUUCCGCUGCAACCCGCUCGGGGCGAGAGACAAGCCCGACGGCUCCGUCCGCCUGAUUCUAGAUUUGUCCCAACCGGAAGGACUCAGCGUCAACAGUCACAUUGACAAGGAUUCCUUUGCCGUACAUUACACCUCCAUGGACAGUGCUAUUGCUCAUAUCUUCUCCGCCGGACCCCAGAACGCGCUUCUCGCAAAAGCCGACCUCCGACAUGCCUUCAGACUCAUCCCCGUUCGCGCGGAACAGCGCUGGCUGCUCGGUCACCAUUGGGAGGGAGCAUAUUAUGUUGACCUCCGGCUACCAUUCGGUUUGCGGUCAGCCUGUUCCAUCUUCAACGACUUCGCCGAUCUGCUCGCAAUUGCCACAC